AUGGCGGCCGCCGCCGGUCUCGCCACCGCUCCGCCGCCACCCCCGCUUCACCGGCUCCCCAUCUCCGCCGCCCCUUCUUCCUCCUCGCAGCGCCUCUCCCGGCGCCCACCCCGUGCCACCGCCCGCGCAACCGCCACCGGCGGCGCCACAGCCGCCGGCUGGUCCUUCGAGCGGCGCAUGCGGGAAUCCCUCGCUGUGCUCGACCUGAUGCAGUCCCAAUCCAUGGAACCCGACCCUUCCCUUCUCUGCACCCUGAUCCAGAGCUGCUCCGACGAGGGCGAUCUCCAAUUCGGCCGCAAAGUCCACGAGCGGGCCCUCCGCUGCGGCCUCGCCAGCGACCCCUUCGUCGCCAACAGCCUUGUCGCCAUGUACGCCCGCUGCGGCCAUCUGGGCACCGCCCGCCGCCUGUUCGACGAAAUCCCCACCAAGAACGUCGUAUCCUGGACCACCGCUAUCUCCAUGUACCUCCGCGCGGGGUUCCCUCACGACGCCCUCGAUCUGUACAGGUCCAUGAGGGCGGACCCUUCUGCUCCAAAGCCCAACGCCUUCACCUACGCCGCCGCGUUGACCAGCUGCGCCAGAGCGAGAGAUCUGCAGAUGGGGGUCUCCAUCCACCGGGAAGCUGCGGCGGGGGCUGAUGGGUGCCUCCAGGACGAGUUCUUCGUUGUCGCUCUGGUCGACAUGUACUGCAAGUGUGGACGAGUGGAAGAAGCAAGACAGAUAUUCGACGCAAUGCCGAGCAUAAAGAUCGUCGCUUGCACCGCCAUGAUGGAGGGCUGUAAUGCCAAUGGCCGAAGCAGGGAGGCCUUGAUCAUUGCCAGGAAGACGAUGAGCUCCGGCCAUGGGGUCAAGCUCAAGCUCCUCGGAGAUAAGUUGGGUCUUCCCACCCUGCUCAGAGCUUGCUCCAUGGAGACGGCACUGAGACAGGCACAGGAGAUCCACGCCGCCAUCAUCAAGCUCAGGUACGACCUCAGCCCUAAGGCGGCUGCCUCUUUGGUGGAAUUGUAUGAGAAGUGCGAUAAGGUGGCUGCAGCCCACCGGAUUUUCGAUCACAUAGGGGCGAAAGAUCCGGGGCUGUGGGGGAGACUGGUCUUUGGGUAUGUGAGGAACGGGCUCUGUAACGAAGCUCUGGGGGUCUUCUUGGAGAUGGUCAGUUCUGGCGUUGACCCAGGAAUCUUCGUGGUCUCCGGGGCUCUCAAGGCCUGCGUUGGGUUGAUGGGCGCCGAAGAAGGGAGGCAAAUCCAUGGUCGCGCCGUGAAGGCCGGCCAUGUGCUGCUCGAAGAUUCGCUCCUGGGCAGUAGCCUUGUGGAGUUGUACAGCAAGUGCGGGGAGCAUGAAGAAGCCUCCAAGUUGAAGAGGAAGUAG